AUGAGUCGAUCUUUAGAAAAUGUGACUAUAGAUGAAGAGCAGAACAGUACCCAGGAGCCUUCCUCAUCUUCCCCAUCAUCUUCAUCUUCUUUGAAAAUUCGAAAAUUAUCUCGACAAAAUCUUGAAGAACUUGAUAAAACGUUGGAAGAAUUACACGAAUUAGCAGAAGAUGUUUAUCUAACAACAUCAUUGGCUUCAAAUCUUGAAGUGUUUUUUGGAGAAAAUGGGCAAACAUUAAGAAAAUGUGAAACAAUUCCACAUGAUUUGGAAAACACAGUGACAUCUGAAGCUGAAGAAGAGAAUGAUGAAGUUGUUGCGGAAGCUGUUAGAGAUGCUGAAGAAAAACAAUUUGAUUCGCAUCAUGUUCCAAUUAAUCUUGAUACUGAAUGUAGUUCAGAAGAUGAAUCUGUUCGAGCACCAACUCCAUCAACAACAAUUCGUGGCCGUCGAAUGUUGGAUGAACUUUGUCGAUCAGAACAAGAGAUUCCACUUCCAAGCUCGCGCAAAAAAACGUCACAUCGUCGCCGAAUUUCUAGUGUAAGUGAAGUAAAGUGAAUUCACAUCACAUUUUUAUUUUACGCAUCACACACGCAGCAAAAAAAGCAAUCUAUGUAUUUAUUAUUUAUGAAUAAUUUUCAUUCUGUUAUUUUCUCGUCAUUUUUCUAUUUCUCUCUUUUUUUGCGCAGAGCUCACCGUGAAUGUAGUAGGCACUUUAAGAGCACAAUUUAUGACCUUUUUCCGGGUAGAAAAUGUGUAGAAUAUGUUUUUGUUUGUUGUUUUUUGUGAGAUUUUGGUUUUUGAUAGAUCAGUUUGAGAUUACUGUGGCAGAUUUGAGAUUUUCAAAAAACUUUUAGAAACUUAUGAGAUUUUUUUCCAAUUUGAAUUUCUGAUUCUGACUCUUUGUCAGUUCUAGAUUUUUUCGAAAUCCAAAUGUUCUUCUAUAACAGGAAUUGGUUAUCUAUGCACAUGGAAGAGAUGACAAAAAUGUUGGAAAUAUUGUUUUUCUGAAUCCGGCAGAAGAUGAACAAGCGUUUAGAUAUAUUCCUAUCUGGGCUAAUUUACCUCAAAAACGCCUCUGCAUUUUUCAUCCAAUAGCAGUAAUAAUUGCCCGAAAUAUACGAAUAAACACUUAAUAAUUACAGUAAUCUGUGCGUAGUUCUCAAAAAUAGCAAAGUUGCCUCAUUAAAAAAAUAUAUCAGAAUGUAUGAACCAAAUAAUUGGCUCAACUAAUAUUUAAUUGUCUAGCUUUAUAAAGUGCCGUUUUUUUCAGAAUGCUACAUUGAAUGAGAUGCAUAUGUCAAUGAUUGGACAUGAAAGAGCUCGAAGUAAUGAUUCACGUUCAACAAGUUUGUUUUCGUCUUCAAUUGCUUCGUUUCGACGUCCGGCUUCACAUUUUUCAAUCGAUAAUUCGUGUUUUGAAUUAAAUGAUGCACCAAUUCAACAUUCAUUGAUGUGCACACCAAUUGAAAAGGUUUGCACUUUUGAACAUUUUUCUUCCCAAAAUCUAUAUUUUAUUAGUCAGUUUUUUCUGCAAUCUUUACGAAAUACAAAUUUCUAUGAAAAUCUUGUACUUUUUAUGAUGUGUAUAAAAUACAAAAUAAGAAAUCUCAUUUCAUUUCAUUAUACAUCUGCUAUCCAAUAUUCGUAUAUUUUUCAUUUCGCCCACAUAUUCUUCCAACAGUUUCAUUAACUUUAAGGCAAACCAAAUAGACCAAAAUUAAAACCUACCAAAAUAGAAAUUAAUUUGGAAAAAAGGAGGAUCAUGUCAGGCGGGCUUUCAAGCGAGGUGAGAAAAAGUUUAAUUUUGAAAGAAAAAAAACUGCUAUGAUGUUUUAUUCACAGUUCGUAAGUUCAAUUGAUGUUUUUCAGGAUAUUUGAGAAUUUUAAAAAAGUUUAAAAUAAUUUUCUAGUUCUUUCUCGAUUUAUUGAAAAUCUUUUUAGAAAAAAACAAAGGUUGCCGAUUAUGAAAUCUUGAUGACGAACAUUUUUGGAUAUUUUUUAAAAGUUAAUGUCUAGAAAUAGAGAGUUUCAAAAAUGUUAUGACGUAGAAAAUAUAAAUUAGUUCCAGAUUUUCACACUUUUUUUCUAGAAUUCUUAAACAUUUUGAGCUAGUAACCUUUCUCUUUAUUACAAAAAAUGGUGACGUAGUUUGAAAGUCUGAUUUCCGACAAAAAUAACAACUUCGUCACGUCAUGAAAUUUUUUAUUUAAAUUUAAAAAUCCGAAUUAAUUCCUUCCAAUUUUCAAGAUUUACAAAAAGCCUUUUACAGAAAUCAACCGAAAAAUUAAUAAAGUUGAUUGAACUGAAACUUUCUUCUCACCAAAUUGUUUAAUUUUAUUAGUCGGUUUGAAAAAAUAUUCCCCUAAAAUUUUUAUCGAAAAUCGUUGCAAAAAAAUAAAUUAAAUCCUGAAGACCACAUUCAAAAUCUUUAAACCGGAACAUUUCUUUUUUCCAGAUGUAUGUCAAAAAUUCUCGUUCUGCACCGGAAAUGCGAAUUCAUGAUACAACAAAAGUUGGCCAAUUCUUAUCAACACCAUCGCCUUCAAACGAUGCAUCUGCAAGCGAGGUUUCACAUGUUUUGUGCUCAGAAAAACUGUUUUCCUUUUUUUCAGCCAAGCGUCUCUUCUGAAGUAUCUAUUGAUCAACCUCUUGUGAACAAUUUGAAGUUACGGUAUGAAUGAAAUGGAAUCUGAAAAAAAGAAUCAAAAUAUAAUGGAUCAAACAAAUGAUAAGAAUUUUCUUGAAACAAAACAAAACAGACGUUUAUAUUUCAUUUAUCCCAUUCUUUUUUCUUCAUUUUUUUCUUAAACUGUGUUUUUUUCCAGCUUGAAUGAGGGAUUGAAAGAACUUCCAUCACCAAUGUCCUCACCUGUUGUUCGCCAAAAAGUAGGAAAUUAUAAUUUUUGAACAGCUGAUUUUCAGAAAUUUGAAUUUUUAUAGACCAAGAAAAAAGAAAGAUCAGAAUCUCGCAGCCGUCUGAAAACUUCAAAAUCUUCCCCAAACAUGAAUGUAUUGAAUCAAAGUAGUUCCGAUUCUGUGCCAGCUAUCACAUCUGCUGUCAUGAAACCCAAAAAAGACGAAAAUCGUUCUGUUGAAGUUAUAACAAUUACCGUAAAACAAUUGAAUUUGACAAGAGAGCUCAAAAAACCAUUGACAAUUCUUGCCAAACUCGACGCCAAUGAUAUAUAUCGCUCACCAAAAUUGACACCAAGGUAAAGAAUUAGAAAACCGGAAACACUACAUUUUUUCGCAACAUUUUAUUUCGAACAAUAGCAAUAAAAUGUUCUUCUUCUUCUUCCUUUUUUUCCAUUUUCCCACCCUAAUUUCUCUCUUUUUUUCUUACAGUACCGCAUUAACACACGAAUUUGCUGUUGAGACAACUGAAUCGUUUUCCAAAUUGCAUGUUAUUUUUGUAGAAGGUGAGAAAAAUGAGGAUUCUGGGGAAAUUGGGGAUCUAAAAAAAGAAAAAAAUAACGAACAUUUUGAAUUUUUAAACAGAAAAUUUCCAGAAAUCCUAACUCUCCAAAAAAAUCUUUGUCUCAAGUGAAGUGCUCAGAAAUUUGUUCUGAAACACUUAUGCUGAAAAAAAGCUUCUUCAACUUUUUUUUGGAUUAACAAAGACGCGCUUCUUGAGAUUUCAACGUCAAAAUGUUGACUUUGAAACGUAAUCAUGUUUAAACUCAUUUGAAGUUUCUUGAAAAUACUGACGCACAAUUGCGGACUUUCUUUCUAACUUCGAAGGAGACCACCCCUUUAAAAUACCAAAACUAGAAAAUAUAAUAUCAGUUUAUAUUUUCUAAUAACUUUUGAAAAUAGAAAAUAUUUUUGGAAAUCGGGAUCUGAUGAUUUUCAAAAAUAAUCUAACAUUUUAAAAUAGCCAAAAAUGUUCUUCGUUACGUCAAAUAUGACUUUUAUAAAUACAUGCAUCACUUUUAUAACCAAAAAAGUAUUUGGAGUGAGCAUAAACAAUCGUCAUUCUGCAAUGUUCUUUGAUUUAACAAAUCAUAAAUCACCUUUCCAUUUUCUUUCUUCAGGUUCAAAGGCAAAAGUUGCUCGUCCGGUUGGCAAAGUAACUCUUUUACGGCGUCACCUUGUCGACAAGAAAAACCAGGAUCAUUCACUCACAUUGAGCGCCGUCUCAAAAUAUCUCGAUUUUUGUGGCCAAAUUUGUAUUGAAGUACGCCGACGCGCUGGUUUAUUUUCAAUCAGGUUAGUUCAUAUAAUACUCGUUAUUCUCAAUUAUUACAUAAAUCCGAUUAUUGUUCGGGGUAUAAUUGAAUGUUUUAGUACUGAAAACAAUCAUAAAUUUUCCAUGAUUUUUGGUGACCGGAAACUGUGUGCUUCUUAUCAGCAUUUUGGUUUCAAUUCUUUUUUUGUUCAUUAGAUAACAACAAAAAAAUAAAAAUAAUAAUGCGACCUUCGCCAGCCUUCCACCCAUUUUCCCACCCAAUUAAUCAUAAUCCGUCCAUUCUCACGGACACUAUUAUGACCCUCAUAAAAAUCCCAGCCGUUCCUCUUCACCUCCUCUUUCUCAUCGUUUACCAUUGAAAAAAAACAUAUUCAAAUCAGAUCUGAAAAAAUUGUCAUGUUUAGUCACUAUACUAUAUUUGAAAUACUAGAAAUUUGAAAAUCCAUUGCAAAAUAAUCGUGAUAAGUGGGUUGAAAUUCACCGGAAACCAUACCAUCUAACAACUUUGGUGAUAGUUAAAAAUUUUACUUUUCUCUGAUUUCUUUUAUUUGUGUACCCUGUAGCGAGGCUACAUUACCGUAAGACGUCAGUCAUUGACUUAAUUUUCCCAAAGUUGUUUUUUCUGUGAUCUGUCUGCGUCUAGUUCCUCCUGUAACCAUACUAAACAUAGUAGUAUUCUUAUAAAUGUACCUAACCUGUUUACUAUUUUUGUGUGUUUUGGUUAGAAUGGUACCCGUUCUUUCUGAUUCCUUUUUUUCUCAACAUAAAAUUAUGAUGUUUUCUUCAAUUAUUCUGACGCAGAUAUUAUGUUUUUUUACUGGUUCAGCAGGGUUUUGCUAAUUUCAUCAGUAUCGUCUUUUUAAUGUUUGUUCACUUAUUACAUUUUUGCUCAACUUCCGCUUGAUAAAAAAUAUGUUUUUAUUUCGAAUUUCCUUCUUCUCAUUUUUUAAAUUUUGAUCUUUUAAAUUCUACACAUGUUCAUUUGACAUUUUUGAAAACCGGAAAUUGUCGGUUGCUCAAAUUCCUUUGAAAAAAAAUCAACAUUUUAUUUUAUUUUUCACAAGCUUGAAGUUCAAACUUCAAUUUUUAACCACACAAAUUUCAUAAAUCUUUCAAAAACCGGAAGGUAAAAGAUAUGAGAGAGCCCAGCAGAAAAAGAGAAGGCAAGCAAAAGAUAAAUGAGGGUGGGAGUUAUAAAAAUCUGUAUGAAUGUAGAAAAAAAACGACAGCUGUUUUGGCAAGUUUCCAUACAAUUUCUGAUGCAUUUGCACUUUUUUUCAACUUUAUAUCUCUUGUUUUUUUUUCAAAGAGCGAAUACCUUUUUCUUUCUCAUCCGACAAAGAGGUUUUUAAUUGGACCAAUAAAUAUUGGAAGCACCUUUUGUCACUUUUUCCCAUUUCAUCAAAAAUAUGACUUUCAACCGGACCGGAAAUCAUUUCCUCACUCAUUAUGCAUCAAUGGUUCUCCGGCUUUUUUCUAUUCAUUUUUUAUUUUUUACUAAAUUUUAUUCUAACUUUCAUGAACAUGAAAAUAAUAUUAUAUUAUUUUAUUUCUGAAAAAUAUACAUACAUAUGUGAAGGAGGAAGAAAAUUAAGGUGGUAGGAAAAAAGAAAUUCUUGUGUUUCAUUCAAAUUAGCUCAAAUUUCUUUUUUUUUUGUUUUACAUAUUCUAUGUCAACAAAUCAAGUUUUGCUCUUUUUCUAUUCACUACAGUAACCCUUGUCAAUUUUUCUCUUUUCAGCUCUGAACUCAAAACCUACUUUUUUCAAAAAAUAAACAAUUUCGAACAUUUGUCUUAUCAGUUUUUUUCCAAAAAGAUAAUAAAAUUUCGAAAAAUUGCAUGAAACACACAUUUUUGCCUCAUUUCCGAUUUUUACCCAUUUUUCUUUUGAAAUUGCAUCCGGAAGGAAAUUGCGUAUUUUUCUGCAAACUUCUCAAUCUUUAAAAUAGAACUAUUCUAUAUAUAUUUUAUUUUUUCUUUUUUUAUAGUUUUGUUCAUUUUGUAGUUUUUGCAAAAAUUAAUUAAUUAUGCAUUACCACCCACAUCUUAUCUAUUUUUUUCGAUGAUUUUUAUUUGAUAUAUUUAAUAGGGGGGAGGCUGUAAAAUGUAUGCAUAAAUACAUGUGAGAGAGAAAUAUUUCUACAAAAAAAAAACAAAAAAAACGUUAAUAUAGCCAUAUUUUUAACCAAAACAAAAACCCAUUAAAAUUCAUCCGUUUACACUUAUUUUUUCCUUCCUAUACUCGUUUUGCACUUUACUGUAAUUUCCAUAAGCACUUCCAAUAGGUUUUUAUCAAAAAUAAAAUAAGUUUUUCAAAAAAAAACGAAAGAUUUCUCUCAAGUGCAAGAUGAUGAUUCAGUGUCUGUUUAUUUAUUCUUUCUCAGUCACUGGAUUUUGUGAUUUUUUUUUUUGAGUUGAUGCUCUGAAACUUUUUGCGAUUUUUUAUAGGUUCCAUAUGUUAUGUAGUUGUUUAUUUGACCGGAAGCGGACGUACGCCGCCCUCGAUCUAUGAUUUUGACUGACAGAAAAAACGCAUUUUUAUUCAAAAAAUGUGAAAAUCUUUAUUUUUUAUUUAUUUAUUUUUCUAUUUUUCGCACGCAAUAUAAAUACAUAGGAAAACAACAACUACACAAAAAAAUAAAUAGAUACAAUGUGAAAUGAAAAAAAUUUCGAAAGAAAAGUCUUCUUGUUUUUUCUCUGUUUUGUUAUGCAAACAGUACCCCCACGCAGCAGAAAAAGUUUUUUUGUCAAAUAUGAUUUUUUGUCUGUGAGCUGAGCUACUUGAGAUGUUCAGUGCGAAGAACAUAUUUUUUAUGAUGAUACUUGUGAUAUCGAUAAAAAAAUCACAUCAUAAAAUUUAUUAUCUCGAGUUUAUUUUGCACUCUUUGUUUUUUUCGAUGAUACGAUUCUCCAAGGUUUAAUCAAAUAUUCUAUGGAUAUUUUCUAUUUUCGGGGUUUUUUCUUAUUGUGAAAUUGUAGAAAAAAUUUACAUAUCAGCUGCCCCAUUUACUUUGAAAGAAAAUUCACCUGAACUCUUUUACUGUGUCUUUUCAGCUGUUUUGAACUUAUAUAUCUGGUGUAAUCGAACUAAUAUCACAUUACAUUCAGAGGUUCUCUUCUCGAUUUAAUUUUAUUUAAUAAUAUCAUUUCUCAAAAAUAGUACACAUAUUGAGCCUUUUUGUUUCAUCAAAACAAGAAAACGCCCACAUUUGUUGUUGUCCCGAAAAUUUCAUUUUGGAAAUUAGUUAGCAAGAAUUUCUUUCUAUUUUUGGGUAUUUUUCAGAGUUGCUUAGAGUGGGCGUAGUUCAUAUAAGAAUUUCAUUUAUUUGAAAAAAAAACCUAUUCUAUUUUGUUAGCAGUAGUUUUUUUUCAGUUGGGUUCCUUUUCUUAAGCCGUUCGAAUAACAAAGUAUAUUGAUUUAUGAUUUCAUUUUUGGUUUUAUAGAGUCGUUGAUUGUGGCGGUCUGAAACUCAAAGAGAAUCAAGAACUUCUACUUCUCGUCUCAACAAUCGGAACAUCAAAGGUGAGUUAGUUAGGGUGGGAUUUUCUGAAUUGGUUAGAUUUUGAUAUGAUGCACUCUUUUGUUUGCUUAAUCUGUGAUUAUUAUUUUUAUAUUCGUAUCGAGUAAAAAAAGAAACAUGUUAUGAGCAUGAAAAAUUUAUGAAUAAAAUGAGAAAAAGAAAUAUAAAAAGUGUAGGAGUUUUUUGGAUCAUACUCUAUGCAUCUUUCAUGAUUUCAAAUUAUUUCUAGUAAUUUGAAUAAAUCAUAGAACUACAGAAUUUCAUUUUUUCUGAAACAUAACUUUUUCAUAGUUUGAGAAUUUAUUCAAAAAAGUUUGACAUUUGCAAUUAUGGUUAUGAUGUAGAAAAUUAUAGCUUUGUGAAAUCACAAUUUUAAAUUUUAAACUUUUCCUCGUCAUAAUUCAUGUCUUGGGUUGAAUAAUCUUACGGAAAUUGCAUAGUUCACAAAAAGUCGUACUUUUCCGAUAACCUGGAACAUUUGGAGGAGGAAAUGAUUUUUGCUGAAACCAACAUUUUAUGAUCUUUUAGAAGAAAAUAAAUAUUUUUAUUUCAUUUUCUGUUCUUUUUCUUCGUUCAUUUCCUUUAUGUUCCAUUCAUUCACUUCGUUUCCCCCCAAUUUUUCCUUCUCAUUUUCAUUCAAUCUUAUUUUCAUUCUUUGCAGUUCCAAAGUGUUGGAAAAUUGGUGGUUGACGCCGAAGAAAAACGAAGCAAGGAAUGGUUAGAAAUGCCGUGUUCUGAAGGAAUGUUAUCAUUGAAAUUGACACUUUGGCAAGAUCUUCUCAAAGGUAUCAAUUCAGUGUUUCAUGGACAAGUUCGUGUUGAUAUUGAUGAGAAUUGGGAAACUGGUCCAGCAAAGUGGUUUUAUUUGAGAUCAAAAUCAAAAGAGCCGAGUGUAUCGCAAGAAGAGGUAGUUACAUUUUAAUUUGUUUGUAUUUUUAUGAUCACCGCGUGUUUAAAAAUCUGACGAAAAUAGGGCUAACGUGAAAAAACUUCCAAUAACAGAUCCAUUGAUUUCUGAACCUUCAACUAGUUUAAAUUAGUCUCGUUAUUGUUUUUUGAACUAAUGAAUUUUAAUAUAGUGCACGGGGAUUAUUUUUAGGUACUGGUUCUGUAACGUUUCUAUGUUAAUUUCACAAUCAAAUUUAUUUCAAAAAUAUCUUCCUUCUUUAAUUUGAUAAAAUUUACAAAAAAAAACAAAUUAGCCUUUUGAUUACUGUAAAUAAAAAAAUAUGCAAUUGUUCGUCGCUGUGUUUACAACCCCUCACCUCUGCCGGCGUCUUUUUUGUUUUUUUUUUUGCAUCAUGAUUGCGCGUUUGUUUUUUUUUAUUUUUUUUUGAAAAUAAGUUGAUUUUGAAGUUAUUUAGGUAAAAACAUGAGAAAUGUUUAAAUACUUGAGAAUUUAUAAAAAAUAAGAAAUUCCCAAACGUUUUGCAAAACUAUUUUGGGUCAUUACACUUUUUUCAUUCAUAACUAAUAUUUUUGCCGUCUCUCAUUAAAAAUAACAAUGCGCCCCCGUUUUUCAACUUUCACACUCAUAUUCAGCUUCAUAACUCAGCUCAUUUUCAAUUUACUUUUUUUUUUCAUUCCAGGACGCUGAAAAAAUUGGCGACGUCAUUAUUCGCACAAACCAUCACGUUGAUCAUAUUUUAAGAAUGCAAGUCUAUAAACCACUUCUCGAUUUGUUGACUAGAUUCAAUACGGAUGAACCAGGAACCGCUUCACUUGUUGCUGUUAUCGAAUCUCUUCCGAAAGUCGAAUUGGGACAAACAUCGCGAUCUCUUGUGGAACUUUUAAUGGCACAAUCUGACACAAUUCAACCGGUUUUGAAUUCGUUGUAUAAUAAUAAUAUUAUGAAGUGCCAGUGAGUUUCCCCCCUUUUUGUUUGAAAAAAAACUUUUUCUGAAAGAAAAACAUUGUUUCAAAUGAAUUAUAUUUUUCAGAGAUGACAACACAUUGUUCCGCGGACAAUCAUUGGCUGGAAAAAUCUUGUUUGAAAUCCUCACAUCAUAUGGUAAAAUGUAUCUGGUUACCACAUUGAAGCCGGUCAUUGAUAAGGUAACAUAUCAACGAACAACCCACUCAACAUAUGUUUUCUUGUUUGCAGAUCUACAAAGAGCACAAAAAUUGUGAAAUUGAUCCGAUGAGAACAACAACAUCGCAAUCGGUUGAGAAAAACAAGGCAAACUUGCUUGUCUAUUUUCAAAUGUUGUUUCAUGCAGUCACACAGAGUUCAACCGACUGCCCACAUUUCAUAAAACAGUUGUUAUUUGAUCUACGAAGUAUCGUUGACAAACAUACUGGUGAGUUUUGUGAGAAAAAUGAGGGAAAAUUGUUUUGAUGAUAGUAAAUAUUUCCGGGUGGUCAUAUGAUGUUUUGAAAUUGUAAGAAUAGAGAAGGAUUUGUAGGAUUUUGUCAUGAAAAUUUAAAUAGAAUCUAAACCGAAUUUUGUUUUUUUUUCAGGUCGAAUUGAAGUUCAGCGAUUGGCUGUUUCUUCUUUUAUUAUCAUGAGAUUCUUCGCAGCUGCAGUUCUCAAUCCGAAAGCUUUUGAAAUUCGCAGAGAAGUACCCGUGAGCAUUUUCUAUUACUUUCAUUCAUUUAUAAAUUUCAAUUUUUCAGGACAUUCGUGUAUCUCGAACCCUCCUGCUACUCUCGAAACUUCUUCAACGUGUUUCAAAUUGUACAGUUAGCCAAGGACCAUUGUCGACAAAAGAAACUUGGUUGAAUGAUAUAUUUGAAAUGGUUGCAAGUGAUGAACACAAACAAGAAAUGACAAUGUUUUUGGAUAACAUUUCACUUGUUGGAAAUGAUGAGCCAAAAAAGUGUAGUGUGUUCAAGUUUGGAAAUUUGCAACAAAUCGAUCGAACGAAAACCGCGUGGAGAAGAGUUUUGCCGAAUAAAAAACGAUAUUGCCAAUUGACAGAAACACAUUUUAUUUGGCAAAAAGAUUCGACUGCUGCACCAAAAGGAACGCUUAAAUUAGAAGAAGUGAAAUCAGUUUCAAUUGACAAGAAGAAUGUUUUGACGUUGAUUAGUUUUGAUGAAAAAUCACAAGUGGAACAACAAGUACAAUUUGAGACAAGUGGAACUAUGGAAGCAAGUGAAUGGGCAUGUGCAAUUGAAAAACAACGAAGCAAAUUCAUAGAUAUUUGUAGUAGUGAACCAUUUGUUUAUGAUAUUGAAAGACAUUGUGAUAAAAUUCAUGUGAGUUUAUUUUCGAAAACUUGAAGAUUUGGAAUAAUUUACAAGAAAAAUUCAAAAGUUAAAUAUGUAUUUUUCAGAAUCUUCUUCACAAAUAUCGAGAUACGAUGACAGAAUGGAUUGAUAUUAUUGAGAACAAUAUUGAAGUCGAUGAAAAAACAACACCAGAUAUUGUGACCGCAUUAUAUAUUCCAGAAGCUGAUCGCUAUCUUCACAAAACUACUUUAGUCAAUAACUUGAGAAAAGCGAUUGAUAUAACUGAUAAGAUUCAAACAGCAAGAGAUGAAUAUGAAAAAGAGCAUAAGGUAAUUUUUAAAGAUAGCUGGGAAUGGUUCAAAAAUAUAUGUGAAAACGAAUUUUUUAACCGGUUCAAGAAAUCUGUAGUUCUAGGAAACUGACAACAGUAUCUCAAAUUAUUAAUUUUCAGAGUCAAAAUAGAAUGGAAGAAGGUGAAGCUGAUGAUGAAUAG